AAAGUCUGACUCAACUUUACUGGAGGUUUUUUAAAGUCGACGUAACCGUGCUGAGAGAACUCAAGGAUGAGAGUGAGGCCUGAUGGGAGUCGGGGAUGAGCUGGCAGACAGGCUGAGGAAACAGAAAACAGCUGAUUUGGAUGUAAACACCAUGAAGAGCGUGCUGCCAGCCCGGCACCAGAGAUCCUGGAGCAACGCCGGACCACACGGCGUCCUGGCCCUGGUCUGCUUUUCCAUCCUCAACCAGCAGGUCAGCGCCUCCGUCCUGGAGAGUCUGAUCGCCAAACGGAGCGAGUAUUUGGAGAACUGUAACAGAUCUUUGCUGGCUGAUACUGCGUCACAAACCGGAAUCUUCUGUAAAGGAACCUUUGACGUGUUUGUAUGUUGGCCUCAUUCUCCUCCUGGAAACGUCUCUGUGCCCUGUCCCUCUUAUUUACCCUGGAUCAGCGACGACGUGUCCAGGAGAGCGCACCGUGAGUGUUUGGAGGACGGGAGGUGGAGACUGAAGGAGAACUCGUCUGAGGUGUGGAGAGACGACGAGGAGUGUCAGGAGGAGAGAUACUUCAAAGAAAAGGAGGAUGAGAUGUACCGACAGACGGCCCUCAGGCUCAUCUCUGUGAUUGGCUACUCCCUCUCUCUCUCCUCGCUCGCCCUCGCCGUCCUGCUGAUGGGCCUGCUCAGGAAGCUGCACUGCACCAGGAACUACAUCCACAUGAACCUGUUCGUGUCGUUCAUCCUGAGGGCCGCCGCCGUCAUCUCCAAAGAAAUCAUCUUAUACGUCAUGUACUCCAACCUGCCCAAGGACGACCCGGGCUGGAACUCCUACUCCACGUCAGUGAUCUCGUGGAUGUGUAAGCUCUCUAAAGUCUGCAUGGAGUACUUCGUGGCCUGUAACUACUUCUGGCUGCUGGUGGAGGCCGUGUUCCUCCACACGCUGCUCUUCACCGCCGUGCUGACCAAGAGACGUCUGCUGAAGAAAUACAUGCUGCUGGGAUGGGGAACUCCCGUCCUCUUUGUGACACCGUGGACCGUCGUAAAGAUUUUAUAUGAAAACACAGAAUGCUGGUCGAUAGUGAACCCGUGGUUCUGGUGGAUCAUCAGAGGCCCCAUCACAUUAUCAGUGCUGGUGAUUUUCUUCAUUUUCAUAAAGAUCCUGAUGCUGCUGCUCUCCAAACUUAAAGCAGAUCAGGUCAAAUUCACCGACUACAGAUACAGUCUGGCUCGAGCCACUCUGGUCCUGAUCCCUCUCCUGGGGAUCCAUGAAAUCGUCUUCACCGUCCUGAUCGAUGAAUGUGUGGAGGGCAGCAGCCGCUACGCACGAAACUUCAUCAACCUCACGCUCAGCUCCUUCCAGGGGUUCCUGGUCGCCGUUCUCUACUGCUUUGCAAAUGGAGAGGUCCAGGCUGAGCUGAAGAAGCGCUGGCAGCUCUUCCUCUUGUCCAACCACUUCCAGGUGACCAGCUGCUUCCACGGCGUUCCCUUCAAACAGCUGUGGAAGUGCACCCGAACGCACCGCGCGCACUGCUCCUACGACAAGGGCGGGGCCUCCAACGCACACCCACACUUGCUGCAGGUGGCCGUGCAUCGAGGAGGGGAGGGAGCAGGGGGGCCAGGAGCAGGAGAGGUCAAAGGUCAAGGUCUAAAAGGUGGUGAGAUGACAGGACUGGACUUUCUGACCAGGAAGAGUGUGUCGAGCAGCGACGGAGAGGUGACGCUGGGAGAGACCAUGGAGGAGAUCCUGGAGGAGAGCCAGUUCUGAUCUGCUCUGUUGUACUCUUUAUGACCAAACAUGAGCGGAUUCAUGCUGAGGUUCCCCUGGAGGAGGGAUCAGUCUGUCGGCCUUAAAGCUGGAGAAAAGGUGGGAACAUUCAGAGGACAAAGAGAAAGUAGGAGCACAGAUCGUUGAGUAAACACACUCUGCUCCAGUUGGUCUGCUCUGAAUCUGCUGCUUGCAUGUCGGCCAUGUUGGCUCCUACUGGAGCUGGAGCCACUCCAGUUUUUUUAAGACGUUUUAUUUUCCUCAGAUCUUGACAUUCUCCCUCUAGUUCACACACCUUAAGCAUGAGCACCCCUGCUCCCACGUUACUGGUUUGGUCUAAGGUUGUGGCACAAGGAGCAGCAGGUGGACAGACUCAGAGAUGCUAACGAGACCACAGAGUUCAGCUUUGCUUUGAAAUAUGUAAAUAUGAAGUAAAACAAGCUAAACAAGCUGGAGGACGCUUAACCAUCCACAGGGGCGACCAAGAGGGCAUUUUCCUGCAUUUUUUAAACAGGACACCUCCUGUAACUCCUCCUGCAUGCCCACCUGAGUCCAUCAGUGCAGAAGUAAACCCCUGGACCCCCAAAGACGCCCCCCUGAGUCCAUCAGUGCAGAAGUAAACCCCUGGACCCCCAAAGACGCCCCCCUGAAUCCAUCAGUGCGGAAGUAAACCCCUGGACCCCCAAAGACGCCCCCCUGAGUCCAUCAGUGUGGAAGUAAACCC